CCUUAUUUAUUAAUAAAAUAGUAGUAAAAUGUAAAUAUAUAAAUAAUAUGGAAAAUCGCGAUAUAUUUGAUUUUAUAAAGCAGACUGAGUUUAUUUUUAAAAAUUUUGAUAAAAUUAUAGGUGAAUUUGGAAUCUAUGAAGACCAUACAAACCUAAACGAUAAUUUCUCUUUUGUGGUCCCUAAUGAUUGUAGCAAUUGCUUGUUAGGGAAUAUACCAGAUCAGGAUACAAAACAAUUUUCAGCUACCUCACUUAGAGAUUCACUUUUAAAACAUUCAGAUGAUAAUCAAAUGAAAAAUGAUGCAAUUAUAAUUCCCGAAGAAAAAAAUGUUCCUAUAAAAUUAUUCCCAAUAUUUGAAACAAUUGAUCCUUUUCAAUUUUCAUCAUCACCAUCUAUUGGCAACUCCAAUAUUACGACUUAUCAUUUUUCAAAUAUCUUCAGUAAUUUUAAUGGGUUUUCAGAACAGACACUUACUCAAAAAGAUAGCUUAGGUAAUGAAACUAUAACACACACCAUAAAGAGAGGAAAAGAUAUGGAAAAAUUUGUGACUAUCAAAAAAUCAGAUGGAACAAUUAUUACAGAAAACUCAAAAGACCUAAUCAGUUCUCCACAAUUUAUUAAAGACCAUGAAAAUAAUGAUAUUAAUAAAGAUAAAGGAUUUUUAAAUUUUUUGAGCACUCUAUGGGGUAAAGAUACCAAGUCAAAAUGUGCUACAAAUCAAGAAAAUUUGAUUGAAAAUUCUACUGAUAGUGGUAUUCCAGUGAAAGAUAAAAAAUUGAAAUCAAUUUUUGAAAAAUUUGCUACCUUUUAUUAACAGGAGAAAUAUUUUUAAUGGUUUAUUCUUAAAUAUAUUUAUAUUAUAUUUUUGGUAAUUUAAAUAAAUGGCU